AUGGCGAGCGGUGAAGGGAAGGCCAGAUCUGAGGAUAUCUCGCGGUGCGGUGAAGCCAUAAGAAGAAAGCGCAGAGAUUCGCCGAGAUCCACCGCAAAAUGCCUACCCACGAGAACCACUGGAUCUGCUGGAAAGAGGAAGAACGGCGGCAAGUCGAUGGACGAGAUCCGUGGAGGCAACGGCUGCUUCAAAUAG